AUAAGUCCAAAAAUUUAAAAAUCAGUCAAAAAGUCAUUUUUUCAAACACUCUAAAAAAACACUCGUAUAGUCCUGCUGGUUUGGUCCAAAUCCACAUUGGGUCCAUUCAAACCGGACCGUGAAAUAGCCGAUCCUCAAAAGUUUCCGGGUCAAAAAUUGGAGCAACAGCUGGUACCGGAUCUCCGUGCAUUGCGUCGGAAUGAGCUUGACUCUCUUGCAGAGCUACUCCUCCGCCGAGGAAGACGACGGUGAAGUAGAUGAGAAGUCACCGGACUACGACAGAUCCGAAGAAGAAGACGGCGGUGUGGACGACGCUGUUUCGCUGAACCGUUACAAGCCUCUCGUCGACCCUAACCCUACGCCGUCUUCCUCCCUCCCCUCUGCUCUCGCCGCAUUCUCCGAGGUUUCUGGACCUCCGGAGUUUUUAAACAACAGUGUGGAUGAAACAGCUGCCAAUGAAGCUGGAAACCAGCGGUGGCGGCAUGGUCGCCGUAAGAACUCCAGAGAUAAGAAAGAUUUACCUUCUGGUGUUGUUGUUGAGGCUAAAGCUCAUUUGGUUGGGAUCCAUGAGAGAGUCAGAAGUGAUGUAGAGGGUAUCAUACCCAAGAAGCCCAAUGGGCAAAGGAAUCUUUCUUCAGCUUCUGCACAAGGAGGCAAUUCUUCUGUGAGAAACCCAAAUGCAGAACUUGCAUCAGCACUUCUGAGGGACACAAAUACUGAGGCAGAUAAGAAAAAAGGAUCAACCAUCAAAGACAAGGAGAAGGUGAAGAGGAUGAGGGGUCAAUCCUCCCAUGCUUCGUGGAAGAGCGAGACGGAGAUGAUCUUGCGCCAGCAUUUCGAUUAGGUGUUGCAGCUUUAUGUUAGUUUCUUUCUGUGUUGCACCGGUUCUUCUAAUAAGUACCGCUUUCCGUUCCCAUUUGGAUACUUUGGGUCGUCCGACACCCAAAUCCUUUGUUAAGUUCGGAAAAGCUGGCGGGCAACAUAGGUUUCUUGCCCAAGCAUAAUUCAGCCUGAAGCGAGAAGAUGGGAGAUUUACUACAUUGUACAGAAUCAUGUUUGUGAACUGUCACAGCAUUCUAUGUUCCUUCACUUGGGUAGUUUUUAUGAUGUUUGCAAUGAGGAUUAUUUUCUUACAUUGAAGGCAUAGAAUUGUUUGUAACUUGUAACCAACUGAUAAACUAUUUCUAUUAUU